AUGGAAGGCAGCACUACAAUGAAUACACAAAUAGUUUCUUGGAAUUCUUUACCUGAAACUUUAAAAAAUGUCCUUCCUCAAAAUUAUACAUACAAAAUUCAAAAUUUCAACAUCCUGCCGUCAUAUAAAACACCAGAAAACUUUGAUGUUUCAAAUUUCGAAUUAGAUGCAUUUGCAAAC